GGGCGUGCAGCAUUUGUACCAUUGCGGCAUUCUCCUGUUUACAUGAGUGUGGGUGGGCAUUUAUGUGACGAGGCCGGGCAAUAAUUCUCCGGGUUCUUGUGAUGGACCAAGUGCCGAACAGGUUAUGUUGGUGAGGGGUGCUGGUGAGGAUGGCAUUUCUAUUGCACCAAGGACUAAAUACGGUAUGAGGAGUUGGGGAGUUUAGACCGGGUUGAGACAGUUGGGGUUUCCAAAGGUGGAGAAGAUGAUGUGGGAUGUGACAAUGGAGAGGUGCAGGCAGCUGAAGACGCGGACGAAAAGUAAAGAAUUGGUGAUGAUCGCAGUGAUACUGGGUUUGUGCUUAGGGUGGGCAGAAAUUGCUUCUGCGUUGGAAGCGCAAAUUUUGCUCGAUUUCAAGUCUGCUGUCAGCGACGGAAGCGGCGAGCUUGCCAACUGGUCGCCGGCCGACCCGACACCGUGCAAUUGGACUGGAGUGCGAUGCUCGUCGGGUGUGGUGACGGAACUCAACUUGAAGGAUAUGAAUGUCUCAGGGACCGUGCCGAUUGGCUUGGGAGGAUUAAAGAAUUUAACAAGCUUAGAUUUCGGAAAUACGUCGCUUCAAGGUCCAGUUCCAACCGAUCUUCUCAACUGCACCAACCUUGUCUACCUCAACCUAAGCAACACGUACAUGGAAGGCCCUCUUCCGGAAGGAAUCUCAAACUUGAAGCUACUUCGAACCCUGGACUUCUCCUACUCCAGUUUCAGUGGCCCCUUGCCAGCAUCGUUGGGCGAGUUAAUAUCCCUCGAAAUCUUGAACCUGGCUUUAGCUAAUUUCUCUGGAUCACUACCCUCAAGCCUUGGUAACCUACUAACUUUAAAGGAGAUUUUCUUGGGCGUUGCAAACUUCACCCCUGCUCCAAUUCCCGAGUGGUUUGGAAACUUCACAGAACUGGAGGUGCUUAAGCUGAACAGUAUGAACUUCACGGCUAGCCCACUACCAUCUUGGUUAGAGAAGAUGCCCAAGUUGCGAAUAGUGGACCUCUCGUAUUGUAACUUGGUAGAAAGCAUCCCGUCCUUCUUGGGUCUCCUCGGAAACCUCGAGACGCUCUUUUUGAAACACAAUACCCUGGGCGGCACUAUUCCAGAGAUCUUCGAGAACCUGACUCGCCUUUCAUCACUCGAUCUGUCGGAGAAUAAUCUCAUAGGAAGUAUUCCCAAGUCUCUGACGUCAGCAACUAAUUUGAAUACCAUACAGCUUUAUUCAAACACUCUUUCAGGAGAGCUACCUGCAGAUUUGGGUAACCUGAAGCGUCUAGCCCAAAUUGACGUCGCUAUGAAUAACUUGAGCGGUGCGAUACCUGCGUCUGUUUCAAAUUUAACCAAUCUCAUCAGGCUACAUCUCUAUGAUAAUAAUUUCGAGGGACAGAUCCCCCCUGGGAUCGCUGUCAUUACAGGCCUCACAGAAUUUGUGGUCUUCGCAAAUCAAUUCACGGGCGAGGUUCCUCAAGAACUCGGCACAAAUUGCAUCCUUGAGCGGUUUGAUGUCUCAACUAACAGUCUCUCCGGGAAUGUACCCCCCAACCUUUGCAGCGGACAAGCCUUGAGAGAAUUGAUCUUUUUCAACAACAACUUCACAGGUCCAGUACCUGCUGCUUAUGGGAACUGUCAAAGCUUGGAAAGGGUGCGAUUCGAAGGCAACAAGCUGUCAGGAACAGUUCCAGAGGGUUUAUGGGGCCUUCCCUUGGUGGAGAUAAUUUCAAUACAAGAAAACAACUUGGAAGGCAUUAUGUCCAGCAGUAUCGGAGCUGCACUUAAUCUGGGCGAACUCAAAAUCCAGAACAACAAGCUCAGUGGUCGUCUUCCUCCUGACCUAGGGAACAUUACAUCGAUUCAUAGAAUCGACGCAUCAGGGAACAAUUUCCACGGUGUUAUUCCUCCAGAAUUGAGCCGUUUGAAUAACCUGGAUACGCUCAAUCUCGCUGGAAACUCGUUCAAUGGAUCAAUACCAUCUGAGCUGGGAAAAUGUAGUAACUUGAUUCAGCUAAACCUUUCAAGGAAUGAGCUUGAGGGCGUCAUUCCCGCGGAGCUGGGUCUUCUUGUCGAUCUUAAUGUGCUAGAUGUGUCGCACAACCACUUGUCGGGGAACCUGCCCUCAGAGCUCUCCAGCCUUCGCUUCACAAACUUAAACGUAUCUUACAACAACCUUUCCGGUAUUGUGCCGACAGAUCUGCAACAAGUGGCAAGCAUCGCCGGUAAUGCAAAUUUAUGUAUCUCAAAGGAUAAGUGCCCAGUGGCCAGUACUCCAGCUGAUCGACGUCUGAUUGACAAUAGCAGAAUGAUUUGGGCUGUGGUGGGAACCUUCACUGCGGCGGUGAUCAUUUUUGUCUUGGGAUCAUGUUGCAUUUGCAGGAAGUACAAGCUAUUUUCACGGCCAUGGAGGCAGAAGCAACUUGGCUCUGAUUCAUGGCACAUAACGUCAUUCCACAGGAUGUUGAUUCAAGAAGAUGAAUUUUCAGACUUGAAUGAAGACGAUGUGAUUGGAAUGGGUGGAUCUGGCAAGGUAUACAAAAUUCUUUUGGGGAAUGGACAAACUGUUGCUGUAAAGAAACUUAUAAGUUUACGCAAGGAAGGAUAUCAAUUGGAUAGCGGAUUUAAAGCUGAGGUGGAGACACUGGGUAACAUACGCCACCGAAAUAUUGUCAAGCUUCUGUGUUGCUGUUCUAACAGCAAUUCAAACCUGCUAGUCUACGAAUUCAUGACAAAUGGCAGUGUAGGUGACAUUUUGCAUAGUACGAAAGGAGGUACUCUAGACUGGAGCUUGCGUUUGAGAAUCGCCCUUGGCACCGCCCAGGGAUUGGAAUAUUUACACCAUGACUGUGAUCCUCCGAUUACGCACAGAGAUAUCAAAUCCAACAACAUUCUACUUGACUGUGAUUACCAGGCUCAUGUUGCUGAUUUUGGCCUAGCUAAAGUGCUUGAAUAUGCAACUGGGGAUCUUGAAUCCAUGUCACAUAUUGCUGGUUCGCAUGGAUACAUUGCGCCAGAGUAUGCCUACACGUUGAAAGUUGGUCAAAAAGGUGAUGUUUACAGCUUUGGCAUCGUUCUUCUUGAGCUUAUUACUGGUAAGCAACCAACGGACCCUUCUUUCAGUGAAGGAGUGGACCUUGUGAAAUGGGUGAACAUAGGCCUACAAAGUAAAGAAGGCAUCAACAGUAUCCUUGAUCCUCGUGUUGGAUCCCCUGCUCCCUACAACAUGGAUUCCUUUCUGGGAGUGGGUAUUUUGUGUACAAGCAAGCUUCCCAUGCAGCGUCCAUCAAUGCGUGAGGUCGUUAAAAUGCUGAAGGAGGUGGCCCCAAAUAUAGAACUCUAGUUAAGAAAACAUGUCCUCUCCAGUAUUUCUCCCCAGUAUGCAGGGCAUGCACUAUUAGUGUAACACUCUGCGCAUACUCACACCCGAGCAUCUACACAAGGAAGAUUUACAGAGUUUCCUCCCUUACCUAAGAUUGAAGCAGGGUUGUGAAUAUUGUGCGAAGUAGGACCGUCUCGGAUGCUUCUUUUGCCUAGAAAGUUGCCGUGUGUAAGUUAAUUUGUUGUUGUUGUUACUAUAAGGUGCACUAGCUGCAUCAAGAGGAGGUACCAGAUCUCAUGCUUAGAUGUGGUUGUUACAAAGAAGUGCAGAUCAUCGAAGAUAAUGUAUGACAGUAGACUGAAAUCAUGCAUCACUGGCUGUUUGCAUGAUGUGAAUUCGAUGUAGCAAUAUUGUAGAGGCUCUAAUUUGAGAGGUGAAAGAACCGAGACUGUCGCAAGGGACCGGUGUGUCCCAAUUGAUGAUUUGUGUAGUAUAUCUGACUAGUACUGUUCAAUCUUUUACUUGGAUCGUUAUAGGCUCUUUUGCAGCAGGAACAAUCUCUUCUUCCUCUUAGUUCAUAUGAUACGGCUCCAGACGAGUAUCAACAGUAGACGAUUCUAUGAUGCUCUGUCAGCUGGUAAGCCGAUAUCAUGAUCUUUAUCGAUCUCCUCGCUCGAUCUCAAAUCCAAGCAAUUUUGCAGUUCAGACAUCUAAACAAUUGGAAAUGUA